AUGGCCUGGAGUUUCCGUGAGAGAGCCCAGCUUGGGGGACUGCUCCUCUCUCUGCUUGGCUGUGUCUGUUCAUGUGUCACCACCGUCCUGCCCCAAUGGAAAACUCUCAGUCUGGAGCUGAACGAAAUGGAGACCUGGAUCAUAGGACUUUGGGAGGUCUGCGUAGAUCAGGAGGAAGUUGCCACUGUGUGUAAGGCCUUUGAGUCCUUCUCGUCUCUGCCCCUGGAGCUCCAGGCAGCCCGCACCCUCAUGGUAGCCUCCCAUGGGCUGGGACCACUGGGGCUUCUGCUCUCUGGUUUUGGGGCCCAAUGCUUCCAGUUUCACAGGAUCAGAUGGGUAUUCCAGAGGUGGCUUUGCCUCCUGGGAGGGGCUUUGGAGGCAUCAGCUUUGGCCACUCCCCUCUUUCCAGUCUCCUGGGUGGCCUGUGCCGCAAUCCCAGACCUCUGAGAUGACAGCGUCCCUGAGAUUGUGCCUUGGUGGGAGUUUGGAGAUGCCCUCUAGCUGGGCUGGGCUGCUGGUGUUUUCCUGGCCCUUGGUGGGUUACUCCUUAUCUCCUCGGCCUGCCUGGGAAAAGAAGAUGUGCCCUCUGUCCAGAUGGCUGUCCCUACAGCAGCCCCACCAUCCUGUGCUCCAGCGGAGGAGUCCGAUCGCUCGUUCCACCUAAACGCCAAGACCUAG